AGCUUAUGCAUGAUCUGAGGUGAAUCGUCGCCAUUGAAAGGGCUGUGAUUGUACAGUAGACUAUAUACAGGAAAGAGAAAUUGACUGCAAAUAUGUGGAUUUAACGUUUAAUAGAAUAUUUGGAUGUCCGAUAUGGAUAUUUCAUCCAUCGGAUAUCUUUCUAUUUGAUAGAAUAGAACCAACGGUCACUUCCGAAGGAAACGUGAAGAAAAUAAAAGGCAUAACGCAGUGCACUAGUAACAAAUCAUUCCUGUCUGGUUUGUGGAAUGCUGUCGUUCAAUAAGUGGUCAUGAUUAAUAUCAAGCAUGACGAGUGAAGUGGAAUUUACGAAUCCUGAAAAGUGGAGGAACAUUUCUUUCAUCAAAGCAAGGAUUUUGACUGGUGUUUCAAUCCAAAAUCUAAGGUCGAUCGAUUUGAUUGAACAUAAUCGUCGACCUUGUUUAGGUUUUGGAAGUAGGUCAGACAACCAAUUAUUCUCGUGUUUAUACGUAUAGCAAGACACGUAACAGAUAUAUAGUGUGUGGAUUUACUCUGUGAUACAGUGAAGUGGGAUAGUAAUUUAAAGCUUAAAGUAGUGUGUAGAUAACAGUAUUGUUGAAUACAGUAUUAUUGUACAUACAUGUAAAAGGACGAUUGAAGUGACAUAAUGGGUUCAUGCUAUAUAGUUGUACUUUAAAUCUGGACUAGAGCUAAAAGACUUGCUAGUUGGAUUUAAAGUUUUUCUUCACUCCAGUUUGAUACAUUGAAAUCAUGAGUAAAACUGUCCCACCCAGUGUAAAUGGAGACAUUUCACAUUCGGAUGAGAAUAUUUCUGAGAUUCAGAGAAAACCAAUGAAACAUCAAGGACUGUCAGCAGCAAGCAAAAUCAGCAGAAGAGCAAGUAAUGAAAUGGGACAGAGAAAUACACAUCGUAGACUUACUGACAGAAGUUUGGGUGAAAGGCAAUCUCCAGAUCAUGUCUCAAAAGUAAGCACAAGGAACCGGUAUGGAGGACUUGGCAAGCAGAGAAAGUGUACGUCUGACGAUUGGACAGCCAAAGUUCAAGCAAUAAAUGGGAGUGAGAGAGAGAAAAUUUCACCCUCUAGUUCAAAAUUCAAAAGUGUGGGAUUAAAAAGGGAAAGAGACAGGUCAGCAAGUAUACCAUCGUGUUCAACAGACAAUGCAAUGUCAGUUUCUCAUAAAGACAAUGUUAAGGAGAAAACUGUUGAUAAUGAUUCCGUAUCAAAAGAUUCCAACAAAGUAGAUGCUAGUGUAAGUAAUGUUAGUAAUAAUUCUGAUGAUUCAAGACCAGAUCCAAAAAGUGUUCAAAAACCAGGUGUUGAAAAACUCAAGCACAAAUUUCAUGUCAUUCCAAGAUCAUCAAGGAGAUCUGUUACAAUUGAUAAAACAACAACUGUGAUAGGAGCUGAUGGAAACAAGGAAAAAACUAGAGUUCAGAGCUAUGAUGGCUCAGGUUCAACAAAUGACAGUGCGUUGGGAAAAAGUCUCGAUUCUAAAGAACCCGAAGGAAUAGACGACCAAGUUUUGUCGCAGGAGGAUACUUCUGAAAUUGAUGGUGCUACAGAGAAAAAAGAUACAGACGACGACGAAACGGUGAAAAAAGAGGAUGAAAAUGAUGAAAAAGCUGUGGCAACAUCUCCAGAUGGGAGAUUUUUAAAGUUUGAUGUAGAAAUUGGUAGGGGAUCUUUUAAGACUGUUUACAAAGGAUUGGACACAGAAACUGGUGUUGCUGUGGCUUGGUGUGAACUGCAGGAUAAGAAAUGGAACAAGAGUGAGAGACAGAGAUUUCGUGAGGAAGCUGAAAUGUUGAAAGAACUGCAGCAUCCCAACAUUGUGAGAUUUUACGAUUCCUGGGAAGAGCCAAAUAUGAGGAACAGAAAAAUCAUUGUUUUGGUUACAGAGCUAAUGACAUCUGGGACCCUUAAAACUUACAUCAAGAGAUUCAAGAAAAUAAAUGCCAAAGUAUUGAAGAGCUGGUGUAAGCAGAUCUUGAAGGGUCUGUGUUACUUGCACACCAGGGACCCCCCAGUGAUACACAGAGACCUGAAGUGUGACAAUAUCUUCAUUACGGGCACAACAGGCUCGGUCAAGAUCGGGGACCUGGGGCUGGCCACACUCAAAAACAAAUCUUUUGCAAAGAGCGUCAUAGGUACGCCCGAGUUCAUGGCCCCGGAAAUGUACGAGGAACAUUACGACGAGUCGGUAGAUGUUUACGCGUUUGGGAUGUGCAUGUUGGAAAUGGCAACAUCCGAAUAUCCCUACAAAGAGUGCCAUAAUGCAGCUCAGAUUUAUAGAAGAGUAACAACAGGUGUGAGACCUGAAGCAUUUGAUAGGUUGGAGAAUGAAGAAAUCAAAAGAAUUAUUGAUAGCUGCAUACAAACAAACAGACAGGACAGACCUUCAGCUAAAACAUUACUCCAGUUGGAUUUCUUUACGGAGGACACUGGUCUCACAGUGGAAGUUGCUAACAGAGAGGAGGAGGGGGCUACUUCUAACAUCAUAGCCAUGCACCUCCGUGUAGUGGACCCCAAGAAACGCCGGGACAAACACAAGGAAAACGAGGCCAUACAGUUUGAAUUUGACCUAGAUAAUGAUCAAGCUGAGGAAGUGGCUGUAGAAAUGGUGAAGUCAGGAUUUUUGCUGGAGGAGGAUGUAAAGACUGUCACAAGACAGAUUAAAGACAGAAUCCAGCCAAUCAUAGCCCUGAGGAUAGCCAAAGCUGCCGAGGGCAGUUCAUCAGAGACCAGUCUGGUACCGUCCACCAGCCAAGCCUCUAUACCACAGCAAGUACAGGAACAAUCUAGUCAGCCACAACCACAGCAACAGCAGGGGCAGACAUCACCUGGUCAGAGUUGUGAAGUCCAGUCAGCUCAACCCCCACCCCCAUCUCAAGUACAGCCCCCACCCCCUGAACCCUCCAACACUCAACAGCUUCAGCCCCCAGGCAAUGUGGAGGAUACACAAGUUUCAGCACCAUUACCCGGAGGCAUUUCCAAAGAGUUACUAGAGGGUGUUUUUGAUGGAAAUCAGUUCAAAAAGGAGAGAUCUGACAGUGUGUGUUCUACAUCAAGUGUAGGCCCAGGAAUAACACAGAGUGCUAGUCAACAAAAACAACUCAGUCAGGGUGUAAGUCUGGAGCAGCUGAACAUCUCAGCCGCCCAGCUGAGUCAACAGAAACCGCAGCCAGGUACCACCACCCCUAAGGCCAGCUCUUCUCUCUCCAGCGGUACCUCCCAGACCAAUGUAGGUUCUAGUCUGUCUUUAAGCAGUGCAAUACCACCCGAGUUACAGGAUCACAGCAACAGGGAAAGUGAAAAUGAAUCUGUUGCGGCCAAAACUGAAGAGAGGAAAAGGAAAGUAAGGGUCAAAAGGCGAAAGACUUUGGAGAAGAACCCGCGUCUAACUAUCCUAAGUUAUGAGAAAGAGGAUGGAGAGGUGGAAUGUCGACUGGAAAUCUCCAAUAAAAACAACAUUACAUUCAAGUUCUCACUUGAGAAUGAUAAACCACAAGAAAUAGCAGAAAGUUUGGUACAGGAGGACUUACUUCCAGAAGCCCAGUCAGGCAUGGUGAUUCAGUUACUAGUGGAGGUGGAUCAUAUGGUGAAGGAGAACCCUGAGACCGCUGUAUCCUACAUCCUCAGCUGUAACACAAACACACCCACCUCCAGUCCCUGUACCGUCAGAAAGAUACGUCCAGCAGCACUAGAUGCUGAGGCCGCCAAGAGGCUGCACUUUGACACGGAUGGAGACAGUGGACAAGCGUCUGAUGACAGUAGAAAUGACAUGGGAGUCCGUGAUCUACUGCUGGAUGGAGUGGAUGGAGUUCACAUGAGAGAGAAAAAGUCAGAAUCUCGAGUCAUUGAAAGCAAAAAGAGGAGCUUCAUUGUCAGCAAAGUCUUGGAACCCAGGAUCCUGGAAACCAAAAUAUCAGAGGAUGAUAAUGAGGAGCAGACUAAUGUUUCUGAUAAUUAUAUUUCCCCUGAAAACACGCACAGUUCUCUACCGUCGUCAAGUCAAACAACCCAGCACCCUGGAGGUGUGGUUGAUAGUGAUACAGGAACUGGCACGGACUCUGAUAAAUCUAUUUCAAGAAGAGGUAACGUUCCAGUGGAUUUGUUAUCUCUGCAGGAGCAACUUCACCAGCUCACCCAUUCUUCUCAGCAACAAGCACAAACUGAUGUCUCACAAGAAAAAGGAUCAUCUCCGAGUGUUCCAAGUGUCACGCCAAUUUCGGAAAAUCAACCUUCUCAAAUUGUGGAUGAUCCGUCUGCUCCUGUAGAGGUUAUUCAUCAGAGACAUGCUAGUAUGGAAAGCUUACAUGGACAGCCACAGCAGCCUGUUCAGCAGAAAACAUCUCAGAUUGCACCUCCGCAGACAAGUCAGACCUCUCAAACACAAAUGGUACCCCAGCAACAGCAACAACAACCAGUGCAACAACAGCCACAGUCAAAGCCACAACAGCAGCAACAGACCUUGCUACAACAACAACAACCUGUGCAACAAAUUCAGCAACCAGUGCAACAACACCAACAACCAUCUGGCCAACAGCUUGCUCAACAUCAACAGGCAGGGCAGCAGCCACUGCCACAACCUGUACAGCAUCAACAACCUCAAGUGCAACAGACUGUGCAACAACAGCAAGGUCAGCGCAUUCAGCAACAAGUGCCACCAAUGGCUCAGCCACAGCCUCAACAACCACAACAAGAAGAGACGGUGCCACCAGUUUCUCAACACCAGGUUGCUCCUCCACAAGUGGACCCUCUGUCCAGUAGUCAGUAUAUGGAGCAUGGACUUAACUCAAGCCAGUCUCUCCCAGCCAAUCUGUCAGGAGUGCCUAUAAGUCAUGCCCAGAACAUUCCUGGACAGCAACAGCCAGUUCCGGCACCAGUGUAUGCCAAAAUGCCCAUGAUGAUUCCCCCUAUGCCUCCAAUGGAUCCCAUGUAUCAGUUACAGAUGCAGUAUUACAAUAACUAUAUAUGGUACAUGUCUUUCCUCCAGCAGGCUCAUUCACAACAACCGCAUCAGGCACCACAGCAUCCUCAACAUCCACAAAUGUUUAUGCAGCCUAAUCCUAACUGGAUGUUUCCUGGACCGUUUUAUCACACAGUCACAGGGGCAACAACUCAGACACAACAACACCAGCAGAUUCCUUCCUCCAUGAUGGCAGACCAGUCCGUGCCUUCUGGAUCCUCCCAUCCCCCAUCUCCUACUUUAUCUAGGAGACGGGACACAGAUAGUCAGGGUAAGAUGGCCAAUAUUUCUGACCAGCAGGCUGGUGGAUCAAAGAAGUCAGAUGUCACAAAUCUUCAGAAACUGGAUCAGGAACUCAUGAAGCUACGUACAGCUGGCUUAAGGAGGGAGAAAAAUGUGGGAGGGGCUGACGUCGGUCCCUCUGGAAGUGACAGUCAAAAUGCACAAAACAUAGGUCAAAGUGGAUACGAAUCAGGGGUGGUUACUCCAAGUGCUUCCCUUGAAAGUCUCAAACAAGGAGAUGUAAAGAAAGUUCCUUCAGAUGUUUCACAAGAGGGUGGUUCAAAGAAGAGAUUUUUAGUAAGUGCUGUUAAGGACGAUCCAUUAAUAAAUAGAUCUGUGUCUGAUGAAUGUGCUUCAACGGCAGGUGAAAAUGAAGAAACUUUGACUGAGGUUUCUGAAGAUGUGAAAGAGGCGAUGCAAUAUAUGAUGGACAAAGUGUCGGAUGAUAAAGAACAAAAACAUGAGACGACCAAGAAAGGUCGUUUCCAAGUGACAAAAGUUCAAGCCACAACAGAAAAUGUGGCUGUAAGGCCUGAAAGCAUUGAGAAAGAGAAUGUAUUGGGUGAAGGGGCUAGGGCUGCUAAUCCAGAAUGUGUAUCCUCCCAGCUUGCUAGCAACACUGUAAGUAAAUCGCUCACAAAGCUAUCUCCCUAUCCUAAGGUUCUGGAGCCAUCACCUUUGACAAACUCUGGUCUGGGAAGAUUCAGUAACUUUCAUGAUCACCCUAAUUUUCAUUUUAACCCAGAACAUACAUUACAAUUCGCAUUGCCCCAUAGACGUAGGUUAAGGUCCACGGGGAGCUAUGAUUUAUCAAGUGAUCAAUGUGAUGGGCAUUUCAAAGGUGGUGGUUCUUACCUUGCUAACAAAAAGGCCCAUGGCUUGCAUGUACAUGUGCCUGAAACAAGGGUAGAGUUUUCUUCUGAGGAGGGGUCGGGUGAUGAUGAGCGUAGGGCAGUAGAAACUGGUAUUCAAACCUCUCCAGCCUUGAUGGUUGUUGAUUUCUGGAAGUCCCGGGUCCCCAGAUUUUGUAAAAAGCUUUCUCCAAAGACACCCUCGAGGUCAGAUGAUGAAUCGUCUGAGGGGGACACGGAGGUUCUGACAGUGAGAGAGCUGGAUGAGGAGGAGGAGGAGGGACCUCUAGAGCCUCUCCCUGAGGAGGAGUUCCAGGAGGAGACAAAGGACAGGGGGGCAGAGUCCAAAACCCCCGUCUGGUGGCAGGAUGACCCAGAAUAUCAGGAGAUUCUGAUGAGACAUGAGCAGGAACGAAAGUCAUUGAACCUGAAGCAACAGAGAGAGAUCCAGAAGUUCAUGAAGAAGAAAGGCCUGCCUGUUCCUAUCCCUCCCCCUGCUCCCCCUCCCCCACUCCAGAUGAGAGGCCCAGGUCCACCCAACAUGAUGAGUCCGCAGAUGCAGUCUCUCACCUCUUCUCUGCAACAGUUGGGGAAUUUACACAUCUCUGGAAAACUCAUGCCAAGCCUUACAAAACAACACAAACGUUCCAAUUCAGGAGAUGCGUCCAAAUUAAGUGAUCUGUCAAAGGAGGGUGAUGUUUCCUCCGUAAGGCGAUCUCGAGAAACGAAGAAUUCUGACUCGGUUUCGGACACAAGUGAAUUUUCGCAGAGGGAUUCGAGUCAGAGUGAGAGGAAAACAGAUAGAGAUACGACUGUGAUGUCCGAUAGUGUGACUUUAGAUAAAAAUGUCAAAGCCGACUGUGAUACGGUAGACUCAAUGAAGCAAAGCUCCAACCAAAGUAGUAGGAAAUCAAGUGCCGAUUUCUCGUUUUCUCCAGAGACUGAGCAGAACAGACAACAGAUGAACCUGUUGCAGCAUUCUGCUUCCACAGAACAGCCCUUAAACAUUAUGACAAAUCAGCCACCCCUUUUCUCCAAUCCUCCUUACUCCUAUAGCUUUCCCUACACCAACCCAACUUCACCCUAUGCACAGCCGAGCUUUACAGGCCAUGGAUAUUUCUCCUACCCCCAGUUCAUUCCUCAUGGUAUGAUGCCGCCUAGCAGUCAAAACAGUUUGGUGACUCAGUCUGGGAUGACUCUCCCAUUAACAACUGCACACGGUAUGAUGCCUCCUAGCAGUCAGAGCAGUUUGGUGACUCAGUCUGGGAUGACCCUCCCACUAACGACGGCACAAAUGCCGGCCGCGGAUUCCAGCCCUGUGUCCACGAAUCCAUCGGUCAACUCUUCGUCCUCAUCUCCACCACAACCUUGAACAACUUUUCGCCAAUUGUCUUUCAUAAUAUUGUUCCAUUAUUAAUUAAUCGAUACAAUAUUGAAGUUUCAUGGUUUAUGAGUAAUACUACUGUAUGUACUUCAUUAAGGAGGGGAAUUUUAAAAGAGGAUGAGAUACCCCCAUUACAUUUAUCAUUGCUAUGUCUGUAGACAGAGUUUACCCUGGUGAUACGGGAACAAAAUGAACCUUUUUUUCAGGUCAUGGGUGAAUGGGUUGAUAUUUUUCAUGAAAAUGUGUGUUUUUGUGCAAGACUUUAUGUGUAUUCUCAAUCUGUGUGCAAGGAAUGACUGAAUAACAGUUAUUGAAAGUUUAUAUAAGUUAUCUGACAUAAAUAUGUAUAAAAAUAAUUUUAAUUUAUCAUAUUCAAAUACAGUAAGAACCCUGUAUGUAUGUCUUUUUUAAAUUGUACAGUUGUACAUCCAUAAGUGCUACAGAGCCUUUAAAAAUAUCCUUUAUAAGAAUGUUUUUGAUGGUACAAUGUACAUGUAAUUUAUGUCCAUUACAAAGAAGAGCUGUGAAUGCUGUACUUUUUCUAAUAGAAAACACUAAAGGUGCAACUUCCAUAGCAGUAUUGUAUGAAAAAGAUCAGAGCGAGCAUUGUUAUUGUCUUAACUGGUUGCCAUGCAAUCACAUUACUAAAAAUGAUGUCAAGAACAUUGACUUACUAUUUUCAGUUGAAGAAAUACACUUGUAUUUUGCAUUAUUGUCUGUUUUUAAUAAGUUACCUUGUGGAAAAUCUUGUGUUUUAGCUUGUACAAAAGACAAACAAACAAAAAAAAAAAAGAAAAACAUUGCAAAGGCUUUUGGUUUGAUCAUUCUUAGAAUGAAAAUGUCCGUACAUGUAAUUGGUUUUACUUUUAACUUGCACCAACUUGGCAUAGUUGUAUAUAAAAACACAGAAGUUGCACUGGUGUUGAGGGUAAAAAUAGGAGUUUUUUGAGAUUUGAAUAAGGAUAAUUUUCACACAUAAUCAUCUGUUUGAAAUAGUAAAUUAUGACGGCUUGUAGUGUUGUCAUUGUUUUUUUAUUGAUGGCUACAUUUGAAAAAAAAAAAAAAAAAAGGAAUUGCCAUAAAUUUAUGAAAACAGUUUAAAGUAUAGCAAGGGAUUGAUCAAUUUAUAUUUUCAGUGAUUAAUAUACAUGCACUUGUUCAUGAUAGAAAAAAAAUUACAGAAAAGUAGCCAUAAGAAUAUUGUAAAAUAUCUGUAUUUUCCAUUUGUGUCAUUUCAUGUUUCUUAAGCAUUGGAACAAAAAUUAAUUGUUCUCAUGGCAUGUUACAUUUUUGGCUUCAAAAAUUGUUUUACUUUUAAAAAAUUGUUAAAAUAAAAUCACUUGUAAGCUGUAAAUUGUGUCAAGACUGUGUGCAUUAUAAUACACAUCAUGUCAAGGAAUAUGGGAAAAAAAACAAAGAAAUGACCACUAAGUUUGCAAGUAUAAAGAGAAUUGCAAGAAAAGUGGAUGUAGUUUUAGACCAGUUUUAUACUGUAUAAAUUUGGGAUAGCACAGAAACACAGUCAACAAAAAGCUUUUAUGGCAAGUGGGAAAAAAUGUGUAAGUUUAAGCAAGCUUUUAAUGUAGCAUUUGAAACAUUUGACAGAUACAUGUAUAAAGGGACAGUUUUUUUUCAGUAUCAACACUAAAAACCUUUCUCUCUGCACAGAAGAGUAUUAUUGGCAUUCACAUUCUUUGAUCGCAUAUAGUUGAAGUUUUUUGGCACUGUACAUAGAGAAAUGGUAGAAAAUUUAAGUCCUAUGACCUCAGUUUAUUUAAAGUUUUGAUGUUAACUGCAUGUUGUGAUUAAAACCUCCAAGAGAGUGGACAAAGUGUUUUAAUUGUUUAAUUUUAAUUGUAAGUUCUAACAAGGGAAUUAUUCAAAUGGAAAGGGUUCUUAGAAAUAUGGUGCAUUUCCAGCUUUUGAUAAAUUGGAUGUUUACAAAUUCAACAAUUUUUAACCUAUUUUUAAAUAGCUAAAAACAAACUAAAAACAAAAAUCAUCAAUGUACUUUACAGUUACUUUCAAAGAACAAUCUUGUAUUUAUUCUAAUGAUUUCAAAUAUUAGAUGUGAAAUGAACAAAGAAAAUAAUGUUUAUUUCGGUAACUUUUUAGUCCUUUAUAUUUUGUGAAGGACGUCAAGAAGUGGCUUGUUUUUGUACUUUUGUGUGCAAUGUAACUAUAAAUCCAAUUACAUAAUAAUACUGUGAUACUAUCGUUGUACUGCACUAGUUUAUUAUGACUUCAACUUCAUUCAUAUAGGGUAUUGUCAACCAAACUGUUUCAAUGCUUGACAAAUUUCAGGUAAUUUGAUGUUUAAUUAAUGCCACUUUUUUUGCUGUCUGGUUUUUUAAGUUUUGUUGCAAUGUUAUAUUUUUAAGAAAGUUGAACAAUGCAAGGUAAAGCUUUUUUGCAGUAAAGCGUGCCAGAAAUGACAAA